UUUCCUACACCAGGAAGUGGUGACAGAGUGACUCAUCACUUUUAUCUCCCUUUUGUAACCCGCUCCUUUUGCUGCUAGUUACACACGGCUGGGAUUUCACUUGAACCAGUAAAAAUGAGUAAUCCUGAGGAACCCAAAGUGACUCCACACAUAGUGAAUGAAGAGCUCAUGGCAGCUGGGAAAUGGGUGAAGCUGGAGAAGACGACAUAUGUGGAUCCGGCUGGAAACACCAGAACCUGGGAGUCUGUGAAACGGACAACAAGACGGGCCAACACAGAAGCAGACGGUGUGGGAAUUGUUGCUCUGCUGAAGCGGACGCUCCACAAAGACUGCGUCGUGAUGGUGAAGCAGUUCCGUCCUCCUUUGGGAUGCUUCACUUUGGAGUUUCCUGCAGGACUGAUCGAUGAAGGGGAAACUGCAGAAGUGGCAGCACUGAGGGAGCUGAAAGAAGAAACAGGCUACAAAGGGGAGGUAGUAGGAGUCACGCCAGUGACCUGUCUGGACCCCGGCCUGUCUAACUGCACCACCCAGAUCGUGCUGGUCAACAUCAACGGAGACGACGUGGAGAACAUUAACCCGACGCAGCAGCUUGGUGAUGGAGAGUUUGUUGAAGUUAUUCUUUUACCACUUGAUGAAUUCCAGACAAAAGUUGACGAUCUGCUGCAGAAAGAAAAAAUUGUGGUGGACUCUAAAGUUUACAUCUUUGCCUUGGGGAUGACUCAGGCCUUCUUUAAGCCAAGAGAGCUGCCGGUCCUGAAGCAGUAAAGGAACCCGUUCACGAUGAGAAAACAAGAGGAAGAGAUACUCUUCACUGUUACACAGGGCUGUUGAAAAUGUUGUUUAAGAAGACGUGAUGGCAUUUAGAAAAAGUGUGUUCAAAUCCAGAGCAACACUUGGAAGUCAGAUGCUGAAAUGAUUUAAGAACAAACCGUAGGAAGGAGCCCUGAUUACACUACAUGUACUUGACCAGUAUUUGCUCCCAGAAUGGGAAUGCUAACAUUUAUUUAGAGGCCGAAAACAUUUUCUAAUGAUUUGCAGGCAGUUGUUUAGGCUUUAGUUCUUCAUUCCUUGAGUGCCAGUUAAUGAUGUAUAGCUUUUUAUGAUGAAAAGAAAUGUAGCACAAAGUUUAAGGAUGUAAUCAUAAAACAUUCCUUUACAAAUGUAUUAAAGGAAGCGAUCAGCUGCUAGUGGCUAAAUUAGUUGGGAUGACUAACAAAUCUGAACGCUGUAUUAACAAAGCGAACCGUGUGGAGGAAUCCGUUCAGUUGCUGUAUUCUGCUUCCAACCAAGUUAUGGUGCAAUUAACUCAAUAUUGAUUGUGUUAUUAUCUUAAUAACCUAAAAUUACUGACCAAUGAAUAGAUGUGAUGCCACCUUUGCUUGAACUGGAAUUUGUGCCUUUGUUUUAAAUUGACUUAUUAAAAUAAACUGAGGGAAUAAAAAGUUUAA